AUGAACAAUAUAAUAAACAAAAUUGACCCUAAUUUACAAAAGAAAGAAAAGGGUUAUAUAAAUAUUAAUUUCAAUUUUAACGAAACAAAAAACGAUAUGGAAAAAAUAUCUUAUACACAGAAAAAUGAGAUAUCUGAUAAAAUUGUACAUAAUCAAGAUUUAUCAGAUAAUAUUCAUUACAUAAACAAUUAUUUAACUAGUAUUUUUGAUUCUGGAAAACGUAAAGAAUCGUGGGAUAAUCUUUUUUAUAGAAACAAUAUAAUAAAAGAAGAAAAAGAAAUGGAAGAUGAUAAAAAUAGUACAUUAUUAUUACGAGGUCCCACCAAAAAUUAUAAUUUGAACACUGAAUUGAAGCUGGAUGAUACAUAUGAAUUUGAGAUAUCUGAACAUGAGAAUGAAAAAAAAAAAUUUGAUUCUAUAAAUAAUACCUUAAAUACAAAACAUUCAGAAAAUAUAGAUAAUGUAGAAAAUAUAGAAAAUAUGAAUAAUAUGGGAAAUGUUCAGAAUGAUGGAUUUUUAUAUAAUGAAUUUAUUUUCAGUGGACAUCAAAAUAUAGAAUUGAAAAAAGCAAAUACAACAGUUGUUAAUAAUUUAAAUAAAGAAGAUGUUUUAAAACAGGGAAAUAUGUAUCAUGAUUUUCAUUCAUUUAAUAACAACAAUUUUGUUGAUGGGUGGUGGUUUAGAAGAAAUCAAGAAAUUGAUCAAAUUCCAAAAAAUGAAUAUUUAGAACAUUCUAUAAAAGACACAUAUGAAAAAACAGAUUAUCCAUUUUUUAAUGAGAAUUAUAUAAAAAAUGAGGGAAAUUAUACAAACCAUACAAUUGAUAAUAUUGUAGAAGAGAAUGAAAAUGACAACAUGCUAUUUUUAUUGAAUGAGAAAAGUAACAUACAAGAAAUUAUAGAUUCAAGCAAUAAAUGCAAAAAUAUGAUUCAUAUGAAAAGCGAAAAAUUUUCAAAGAAGGAUCCAAAUGUAUAUGAUAAUUUUCCUACAUAUAAUAAGAAUAUAAUAGACACCAAUUCAAAUAUGAACAUUUCUAAUGGGCAGAAUUUAAAUGAAUCUCCAAAAAUGGACAUGCAGAAUGAAGAUAUAAAACUUAUUCAGUUGAUGAAUACAAUGUUGCAAGAAAAUGAAAAAACUGAUACCAAUUUUAAGAGUGCUUUUAAUUAUGCCAAUGGUUCUAAAUUGAAUGUAGAUAAUAAAAAGGAGUUGGAUAUGCAAAAUGGGAAAUUAUAUCAGAAUAAUUGUAAUUCAAAUAAUAAUAAUAACAAUAAUAAUAUGGAUAUACAUGAUAAUAUGGGGGAAUAUAAUAAUGUAGGGAUAUAUAAUACAAAUUUUAAUAUUGAUAAAAGGAAUGGUGAUAUAUUAAAAUACUCUAAUACGGACAUUGUGUGGGAAGAAAAUAUAAAAAUCUUGGAUUCAAUAAGUAGGGAUUAUUCUAAAAAUGUUAUGAAUUGUCCUUCAAACAAUACAGAAGUGAAGCAAAUUUACAAAAAUGAUGAUAAUGGAGGCAACAUAUUAUUGGAGACUUUGAAAAACAAUAUAAAGUUAUUAUUAGAAAAUGAAAAGGAUGAUAAUGUAUUAAGUGAACAUAUUAUACGCACUCUAGAUGAUUAUAAUAAAAAAAAAGACGCUUAUAUGGACAAGAACAAUAGUAGCGAUUAUAAAAAUAAUAACUGUCUUAAUAUUAAUAGUAGAAACAUCCGUAAGGAUUAUAUAUCAAAUGUGAAUUCUAAUAUGAUGAAGGAGAAUAUUACAAAUAUACAACAUGAUAUAGAAUUAAAUCAUAAUUAUGAAGAAAAAAUUAUGAACCAAAAAGGGAAUGAUAAUAAUAUUUUAAGUAGGGGAAAUAUGUAUGAGAGUUUAACAUUCCAUAACAAUUCUGAUAAAACGAAUAUGCAUAAUAAUAAUAAUAGUAAUGGUAAUAAUUUGAAGGGUUCCUUGUUAGAUGCUUAUGUUAUUGAUGAUAAUGUACAGCUUAAAAAUAGAAUUUUAGGAAAUCAAAACAAUAUGGAAUAUUUUCCCAAGUGUGCUGAAGAAUGUAUGGAUAUGGAGAAACUUAAAAAAUUGAAGCUUGCAGAAUUGUGGAAAUAUAAUUCUGGGGUUGAAAAAAAUGAGACGGUGCUGAAUAUAAAUAAUGUUCCUAUUGAUAGUAAUAAUAUUAAUAAUAAUAAUAAUAAUAAUAAUAAUAAUAAUAAUAAUAAUGGUGAUGGUAGUGUUGUUAUUCUAGGGCAAGAAAAAAAACAUGAACCUACAAUGGAUAUGUACAAAAUUGGAAAACCUUUUUACGACAUAGAUAAAAGAGCUCAUUUGAAGGAAGAGAACAUUAAAUUAUUAGGAAACGAAAAAGUAUACGAAACAAAAAAAAAUUCCAAUUAUAAUGUUUUUAAACAAACUGAGAAUGUGCCCAAGGUAAGAAAUGCAAAAGGUUACAAUGAUUUAUUUAUGAAAAUACAAAACAUAAAUGAAUUAAAUUUAGACACAUAUUAUAAGGAUGAAGAGAAUAGAUAUGCUGAUAGGAAAAAACUAGAAUGUAUGAAUGAAAAUAACUCUGAAGAAUUCAUAAGAAUAAGAAAAGGGAAUAGUAGCCCUUAUGAUGAAGCUUUUAGUUUUUUGUGUGGAUAUAUAGGAAAAAAUAUUAAUGAGUAUAAGAAAGAUGAUGAUGAUUUUAACAAUAUGGAUAUAUAUAAUAAUAAUAAUAAUAAUAUUAAUAGGAAUAACAACAUAAAUAAUUAUAGUAAUAAUUAUAGUAAUAAUUAUAGUAAAAAUUAUAGUAAUAAUUAUAGUAAUAAUUAUAUUAAUAAUAAUAGUAAUGAUAAUAGUAAUAAUUAUAGUAAUAAUAAUUCUUAUUAUUAUCACCAUCAUCAUUUAAAUGAUUCUAUAAAAAAUGAAGAAAAAAAAGAAGUAAUGUUUGACGAAAAUAUAAAUAAGAAUGAAUCAUGGGGUUUUGAUAAAGACGGGAGUUAUAAGUAUCUAAAAAAUAAUAAGUUUGAAAGCGAGAAAUAUAAUGGAUAUAUAAUUAAAAGAGAGGAAGAAGAUAGUUGUCUUAAAAGUAAGAGUUUGUGUUUUAAUAAAUAUAAAAGGGAACAUGGGAAUUAUCACAAAGAUAGUGAUCUCUUUUUAUAUAAGAAUGAAUCAGGAUUAGGAAAAAGAGUUGAUAAUAAUAAUAAUAAUUGUAGUAGUAGUAGUAGUAGUAGUGCUUUUAAUUUUUCCAGUAGAAAAAAAGACUCUCCUUUUCUUUCCUUUCAUAAAGGUGGGAAAGACACAGAUGAUAAGGACAGUAUUUCCAAUGUAUCUAGUAUGAAUAUGUAUAAAAACAAUACAUUUUUUGUAAAAGGUAGAUAUAGUAAUAAUUAUGAAAAUACGAAAGUUGUCGAACGUGCAAAAGAGGAAAUUUGUAAAGGACGAGAGAAGAAUGGGCAUAAUAAAAAUGAUGUGGAUAACCAUUUGAAAUAUAAAAGCAUGAUAUCUAAUUUAAAAAUGAAAAAGAAACAAAGUACAGAUAUAAUAAAAGAAUUAAGUAGUGAGGAAGUAAAAUCCUUAUUAACAGUACAAGAUGAAAAUAGUUUGGAGAUAUUAUUAGAAUCUCUUUAUGAAGACAGGAUAUUACCAUUGUUAUUUAAUAUAAAAGGUAGGGCAGAUGAAUAUGAAUAUAGAGAAAUAUUAAGAAAUAAUAUAAAAACAGCCUAUAGUUUAUAUCCAGAGAAAUAUAUAAUAAAACCCAACGAAAGUGGUGAUGAUUACAUAAUAUAUUUUACUAACAAGAAAGUAUCAGAGGAUUAUUUUAUGUCUAUAAAUAAUUUAAAGGAUAUAUAUAGUUCAAAUUUAUGGAAGCAAUUUGAAGAGUAUUUAGAGGAAAUAUCUAAAUCAGAGGAUGCAACCUUGUAUACAUUUUCAGGAGGAAGAUAUGGUAUGGCAAAAGAGUUGAAGAAAAGAAAUCUUCCAUUUUUUCAGGGUUUAUUUCUGGGUCAGCUCUGUCAUAUUGUUCAUAUAAGUACAAACAAAAAAAUAAUAGCAUAUGAGAACAAUUAUUUAAAGCCUAUAUCACAAUGUCACAAGUAUACAAGUGCAAAGAAGGGUAUAAUAAAUGGAGAUGAGAAGAAUGUAGAAAAUUAUAUAAUGACUAUUACAGAGUUGAGACAUUAUAUGAAUAAGCUUUUGAAAUAUUAUAAGGGAGGUUUUAAUAUAUCAACAUUAAAGAAAAAAUUAAAAAAUAGAUUUAACAAGCAGAUAUGUGAAAGUGUCUUUCAUUGUAUUAAAUUGAUAGAGGUAUUACAGUUGGAGGAAUUAAAGGAUAUAUGUGUUGUCGAUAUGGAAACUAAAAUAGUGAAGAGUGUCACUGAUUCGAUGUAA